UUCAACCACCUGGAGUUGGAGCAGCAGYUCCUGAGUUCUGACUGGAGGCUGAGCCACGACCGCAACAGCAUGGGAGGUGUUUAUUCCAGUAAGAGGAUUGCAGACUUUUUUGCCUAUGAGAGCUCAGAACUCGACUGGUGUGAAGACAACUACAAACACUCGGAACAUGUGGUGGAGUAUUUUAACACAAUAAGCAACUUUUUUUUCUUCAUCAUUUCUCCCAUCAUGCUCUACCUGAUGCAUCCUUACGCCAAAGAGAGGAGCCUGUCAAUCCACACGGUCUGGAUCAUGAUGAUUUUUGUAGGGCUUUUCUCUGCAUAUUUUCACAUGACUCUUAGCUUCGUUGGUCAGAUGUUGGAUGAGCUCUCCAUCCUGUGGGUGUUGGCUGCUGGAUAUGCUGUUUGGUUCCCUCGUAAACUAUUUCCCUCGUUUAUAAAAGACAGGUCCACAUUUUCCAAACUGGUCCUGCUGAUAACCAUUGUCACCACGAUGUUGUCCUUCCUCAAACCCACAGUCAACGCCUACGUCUUAAACUGUUUCGGCAUCCACCUUUUUUACAUGGUAGCUGUGGAGAUGAGAAGCUGCACAGAUCAGAAGGUUCUGCGUCUCGCCAAGCUGUCGAUGUCUCUGUGGGCACUCGCCGUCUCCUGCUGGAUUAGUGACCGAUUUGGCUGCAGCUUCUGGCAACGACUGAACUUCUGCUACCUGCACGGGAUCUGGCACAUUCUGAUUGUGAUGGCUGUAGCCUAUCUCAGCACACUGAUAGCUUACCUGGAUGCCAGUUAUGAGAUCCCUUACUCUUUGCCUGGCCUGCAGUACUGGCCCUGUGAUAAGUGGGCUGUUGGAUUUCCUCACAUUGUCUUGAAACGAAUGCCCAAGACCCAAAAACGGUGCUGACAAAUCGUUUUUUAUUACUCGGGCUGAUCAGGUGUACUUGUUGAUUCUGCUAGAAAGGAUCUCAUCUUCAUUUGCACUGAUGUACAGACGUACAAAAGAGAUUUAGAAAAAAAUGUAAUUUAAAAGAGAUUUUAUAGAUUUGCACCUGUUUUGUAUAAGCAAUAUAAAARAGAGUUUAUAGCCUCCAUACAAAUGAUUGUGGAUGCAAAUGAUUUGAUUUAGAAGAAAGCUUUACAAAAAAACUUUCAAAUCAGUGGGAUUUCUCUGAAAUUAGGAGGACUUUUUGAAACAACAAGCACGCUCCAAGGAACUGGAAUGACAGSUUGAAUCAGCAAUCGAUGUGUCAAAUACCUUUUGAGUAGGAAGGUCAAAAAGCUUAGUCAGCAGAGGAACUGGUGGAUGAUGUUUCGCUUUGUUUUUACGCAAAUUUUACACCAAAACAAGCCCAAGAAUCUCAUGAUGCAUUUGUUUUAAUAUAAAUUAACCAGUUCCAAUCGAAACAUAAGACGUGUUUAAUAAACAUGUGGUCAUCCUGAUGAGAUUUUAUUGUACAGAAGAACUGCAUGUUACGUUACUUUGACUUAUUUUUAUGUUAUUUUAUAAAUUACAUGAGAAAGUCCUUUCUAAGUGGUUUUAAAAAAAUCACAAUGUUGCUGACUGAAAUCAUUGAUGACAAGCUGACAUG